AUGACAGAGCCACACUGUGUAAAGUGCGCAAAGAGAGGGAUCGUCUGCUCCGGUAUGGGAAUUCGAUAUCGCUUUAGUCCAGGAAUUGCGUCGCGAGGGAGGUUCAAGGAUCGACAGAUACCCGUUUUAGAUGCCAGCGAGGCGCGUGGCUCUGGAAAUCGGGAAGCAUUAUCAAGACGGAGCGGAUCCGUUUCGCUGGUGAAUCCGAAUUUUGUCCAAAAGACAACUCGUUCUCCGUCAACAGUCCAGGCGAAAUUCGCAUCGAUAGGGCCGGUGGACCAUAAUGUUGCCUGCCACGAGAAUGAUGACGAGAGGUUAAUGUAUCUUCAGCGGCUACUACCGGAAAUCCAGAUUCUAGACGGGAGGACACACAUGCUCUUUACUCACUGUAAUUUCGUCGAUGUCGCUGCUCAAGGCAGCAUCAAAAGCCUUUCGGCUUUCGUCGCUUCUGCCCUGGUUCCACUCGACAGCAAAUUCAACGGUUAUAGGCGUAUCCUCCUCCCAUUAGCACACGAAGAUCCAGAGGUUAGGAGGGCGGUUUGCCUCGUCUCUGCGUUGCAUCUCAGUUCAAAAGUUCCAGAAUUACGGGAAGCAGCGAAUGCAGCAAGAUUAGCAUCGAUCUUUGGCCUUAAACGAUUUGUCCGUGAGCAUGAUCGGAGUGAAGUUCUGAGCGUCUCAAAUUGGGCUGUUAUUAUUUUACUACUAGCUGGGGAGAUGAUUCGAGGAGGUUCUGAUUUUAGCUAUCUCCUGAAAAUGCUGAUGUCCUUGGUUGAGGCGAGAGGAUCGCAUGACGCGGACUCAGACGUGCACUCGUUCUUGAUACAGGAAACAAAGAUGUAA